GAGGAACGCCUCCCCUUCGCACGACGUAUCCGGCGGCGCGGCGCAGGCGCGAUGGGGAAGAGCGAGCUGAAGGCCAUGGCGAACCGGGCGAAGGCCAAGGGGCUGCAGAAGCUGCGGUGGUACUGCCAGAUGUGCGAGAAGCAGUGCCGCGACGAGAACGGCUUCAAGUGCCACUGCUCGUCCGAGUCGCACCAGCGGCAGAUGGCCGUCUUCGGCCAGGCCCCCGACCGCGCCGUCGACCGCUUCUCCGGCAAGUUCCUCGACGCGUUCCUCGCCCUCCUCCGCCACGGCCACCGCGGCUCCCGCGUCGCCGCCACCGUCGUCUACAAUGAGCUCGUCGCCGACCGCCGCCACGUGCACAUGAACUCCACGCGCUGGGCCACGCUCUCCGAGUUCGUCGAGUUCCUCGGGGGCGAGGGGCUCGCCAAGGUCGAGCACACGCCCAAGGGCUGGUUCAUCGCCUACAUCGACGGGGACUGUGAGCAGGCCGUCAAGGCCGGGCUCAAGCGCAAGAGGGUCCUGUCCGAGGAGCUCGUGAUUGCCCGGCAGAUUGAGCGUGCCCAGAAAUCCAUGGCCAAGGCUAAUGGCGAUGACAAUGGCGACCUCGGGAAGAGCGAGGAUGAGUAUUCGGGAUCAGGGGACGCUGAUCAAGAACGACAAGGACAACGACAGGAGGAUGCCAAAGAGAUCAACAAGGCAACGGGAAAGGUUGCGAUCGCACUCCGGCGCGCCGCUCCGGCAAUGCCUGAGGUUAAGCCAGAGAUGAAAUUUGGCUUGGAUGAAGAGGAGGAGGAGGCGACCAACAAGGGGAGAGACGCAGGGAAAGCAAAGGACACGAGGAGGUCGGCCAUUGAUGAUCUGAUGGAGGAGGAGAAGGCCAAGGAGCGGAGCAACCGGAAGGACUACUGGCUGUGCCCUGGCAUAGUUGUCAAGGUGAUGAGCAAAUCACUGGCUGAGAAGGGGCACCACUACUACAAGCACAAGGGGCUGGUGAAGAGGGUGAUAGACAGGUACGUCGGCGAGAUCGAGAUGCUGGAGAGCAAGCAUGUCGUCAGGGUCGACCAAGAUGAGCUCGAGACCGUCAUCCCGCAGAUCGGCCGCCUGGUACGUGUCGUCAAUGGCGCCUACCGGGGGUCGAACGCGAGGCUGCUCUCGGUGGACACGGAGAGGUUCUCUGCCAGACUGCAGGUUGAGAAGGGCCUCUAUGAUGGGAGAAUUCUCGAGGCCGUCGAGUAUGAGGACAUCUGCAAGGUUGCUUAAGACAAUGUACUGUAUGUAGUACUGCAUACUUUGUUUCAGACAAUGUAGUUUACAAAGGGUACAAUACAAGGAAGCAAAUUGUGGUAAAA